AGAGAAGAACCACAACAUAGCUCUUGAACACAAAACAGAACCGAAACGCUGGACUGAUAUUAUUAACAUUUUCAUUUAAGUUCUCGUUUGACUUAACGCUGAUCUGGUAAGACAAAUCUUCAUGAACACCUCGCUAGCUGAUCAUGGAGAUGCCAGAGGCCAGUCAUUGUCAACACACAUCGCCAGACUCUGCAAACUCUUCAAAUGAGUCCAGCAUGUCUUUAACACCACACAUGCUGGCCAAAAUUGAGCGAAACCGCCAACGGGCGCUGAUGCUCAGACAAGCCAGACUCGCCAGCAGACCGUCCUCCGCUGUAGAAGGAGCUACUCACGCUAAAGUGGCAAAAACUAUAGACUCUGGUGCUGGGUUUUUUAUUGAAGAGGAGACAACAGAGGACGAGCAGCAGGAGAAGAGAGUCGUUCAACAACCAGCCCCAGUGAUGGAGCCUGAUUAUCUGAUGUGCGAAGAGUGUCAAAAGCCAUUUAUGGAUUCUUAUCUGAGCAACAGUUUUGAUCUGUCUGUGUGUGAUAAAUGCAGAGACAAUGAAGUAAAGCACAAGCUAAUAUCUCGCACGGAAGCGAAAAAGAAUUACCUCCUGAAGGACUGUGAUCUGGAUAAGAGGGAGCCACCGCUGCGAUUCAUCCUGAGGAAAAAUCCUCACAAUCCACGCUGGGGAGACAUGAAACUCUACUUAAAGACACAGGUGGAGAAACGCUCUGUGGAGGUCUGGGGCAGUGAUGAGGCUCUGGAAGAGGCCAAGGAGACUAGAGAGGAGAACAAAGAGGUGCAGAAGCAGAAACGCUUUAAUAAAAAAGUCAAAGAGCUGAGGCGGACGGUGAGGAGCAGUAUGUUUAAGAAAGACACCAGCAUUCAUCAGCACGACUACGGCCCUGACGAGCUGCUGGAUGAAGAGGAAGAUCUCUACAGGAAAGUGUGUCAAACCUGUGGACACCAACUCACUUUUGAGAAAAUGUGAUUGUGCCUUCCAGCUCAUAAAGAUAUGGCUACUGCACAGGGAACAAGCAGGGUCCAGGUACAGGUCAACAGGGACAAGUAAUCAGGCUCUCAGCACAUUCUAGUGGCAGUCCAGGUAUCUGAAGCUUCCAAAAAAAACAGUGGUGCUGUUUUGUUUGUUUAUAUCUUGAGUAUGGGAAGCCGUUUAACAUUUAAUCUAUGAAACAUAUUAGUACUUAUUUUUCUAUAUUAGUGCCCUUUUCCAUUAGGAACUAGCACUUACUAUCUACUAGCACUUAUUCUUUAGAUCAGUGUUUCCCAACCCUGUUCCUUGAGGCACACCAACAGUACAUUGGACGUCUCCCUUAUCUGACCCAUUUAUUACAGGUUGUGGAGUCUUUUCUAAUGUUCUGAUGAGUUGAUUCAGGUGUGUUUGAUUAGGGAGAGGUAGAAAAUCUGUACUGUUGGUGUGCCUUCAGGAACAGGGUUGGGAAACGCUGCUUUAGAUGCAUAAUUUAAAAGACUGUUUAGUAUUCUUUAGGUACUUAUGCUCUUAUUUGUUAGACCGAUUAAAUAGACACUUGGUUGUUUAUUACACAAUUGUUUCCGUUUAUUAGAUUUUAGUGCUUAAUUUAAUAAUGACAAGGUAUUAUUUUGUUUUCACUAGUAACAACCAAGCAAACAUAUUGUGUUUAAUAGACGUCUUAUAGGCAUCCAAAGUUAGACAGCUUGGCUAAACUUGGGCUCUCAGUGAAAAUCUAAUAGACAUCUAAGAAUAGCCCAAAACUAGACUAGUCGUCAAAUCAACAGACUCGUAAAGAGAUUCAUUUCUGUUUUUUAGAUAACUAGUCUGCUUUUGGCUUAUUCUGAGACGUCUAUUAGAUUUUCUCUGAGAGGCCAAAUUUAGCCUUGUUUUAGCCGAGAUGACUAUGUUUAGACAUCUAUUAGACGUCUUUUAAACACUGGGAAGCUUUACCUUUUGCCCUUGUCUUCAAUAAGGAUCUGCCAUUGAGAUAUUAACUGUUAAGUUUUGACUUGUGUGUAUUCUUAUUGUCACAAGUUCAUGUUUUUAAAUGCUAGUAGUUUUUAUUUUAUUUACCAGUACCUGUUAUUAGAUACCUGUACUUGUAUCACAUUAUAUACUAUAAUAGUACUUGUAUAGGUAUGAGUGUCUAAUCAGUAAUAAAUGCUAAUUCUUAUAUGUAAGUAUAAGUAGUUCUUAUUCAUUGGACACUAGUACCUAUUGUUAUUAUUAUUAUUAUUAUUAAUAUUAUUAGAUACUCAAAUGCUUUAUAAUUAUUGCAAGUAACAUUUCGUAUUUUAUUAUUCACAACAGUUUUUUUUAUCUCGUUAUAUGUUUCGACUAGUCAAAAAGGGGAACUCAAUUAAAAUAAUUACCUAAAAAUAAUUACUAGUACCUAUUAAAUAGGCAAGAGUAUCUAAUAAAUACAGUAAUAAAUACAUACAACAAUCUAAAAACAAAAUAAGUACUAGUACCUAAUGAAUUACUAGUAAUUCAUAAACUAUGCCAUAGUCGCAGCUGGAAUACAGACUAGUCAAAAGUCUAAACAUACCAGUCAAAACUGAAUAGUUGAUAUCUCAAUGACAGAUUACCAUAGAUCAGUGUUUCUCAACCGUGUUCCUGGAGGACCACCAGCUCUGCACAUUUUCCAUGUCUCCUCAACUAAACAUAGCUGAUUCAGAUCAUCGGCUCAUUAGCAGUGAUUGAAAGACCUGUAAUGGGUGUGACAGACAAAGGAGACAUCAAAAACAUGCAGUGCUGGUGGUCCUCCUGGAAUAUGGUUUGAAACACUGCUAUAGAAGACAAUGGCAAGCAUAAAAAUAACAUGAUGAAUGAAAUAAGCACUAGUAUUUAAUAAUAAGAACCAGUGCCUAAUGAAUAAAUUCUAGUAUCUAAUUAAAAAAUUAUAGUAUCUAAUAAAUUAGUAGGACCAGGCAGUUUGUAAUAAAUGAAUACCACUAGCUAAUGAGUAUGUGCAGUAUCUAAUAAAUUAAUCCCACUAGCUUAUGCGUAAGUGCUAGUAUCUAAUAAGUAAGUGCUAGUAUCUAAUAAAUGUGUACCAGUAUCUAAUAAAUGAACACCAGUAAGUAAUGCUAGUAGCUAUCUUAUAUAGUCACUAGUACCUGAGGAAUAAAUGGCACUAAAAACAUUUGAGUACUAAAAUUGAAUGGAAAAUGGGCACUAGUAGCAUGAAAAGAGAUGCUAGUGUAAUUUAUAGAUUAAAUGUUAAUGCUUUGUGAAGUUUAGAAACGUUUACAUCAGUGAAGGUAAGAGUUUGAAGCGCUAGAUUGUAUCACAAGAUGGCGCUGUUGAGCUGAAUUUCAGAACUACAGUCAAAGUAAUUAUCGAAUGACAUACAAGAGGAUUCAUUAUUAUUUCAAGGGGAGCACACACACUGUUAGCAUAUUUUAAAUAUGUGAAUAAACUGUAAAUGAGGUGUAUUAAAUGGUACAUUCCAUGUGUAUUUUAAUAUUCGCUACGUGACUACCAAAAGUAUGCCUUGUCAGUUUAAUCAUGACUCAAAUGAACCAAACUGGUCUAAAGCUGAACUGGUAACAUGAACUGGUCUCUUCCUCGUCUACCUCGUAAAAUCCCAGUGGGUGUUUGUACGGCGAGGGAUAUUGACGAUUCCAUACGCAGACUGAGAGAUUCUCUUACAGUGUUGUGUUUCAGUCUGUCUGUCUGACCACCGAAUGUAUCACACCUCCAUAUUUACCAUACACACAAAAUCACUCGUUUAUUUACAUCACGUUUGACUAUAUAUGUUACACUGUAUUAGAAAUGAUGAAUUUAGUAAAUAAAUGGUUUAUAAUAAAUAAAAA